CGACCCUUUUUCGCUGAUAUCACCCAGAAAGGCCCCCAGUUACGUUCGAGAUGGACGACAGCACAAUCUACAGCGACUCAAAGCACAAUCUCCUCAACUUUACCGGCCAGUCUUCGGGAGGGGUGUCGCCAUUGGAACAAGAAGUCUUGGACGAAUAUGAGAGGCUGUCGAGAAACAUGAAGGAGCUCUCAUCCACGCUUGCCGACCUCUCUAGCGGUCCCAUCACGCUCGAAAUCGCAGAGGGGCUCCGGUUGUUGGAACGCAAGGUCGCGAGCGUGUACACGCUGAUGAAGGCGAGUGUGUACAGCAUCGUGCUGCAGCAGGGCCAGGUCGAGGGCAUAGACGAAGGGCCAAGGGACGGGCAGGGCGAUGGAGAGGCGGCUGGCGAAUAGGGCUACAGGGCUUGGUUGUAUGAUCAUGAUUGUAUUGAUACCCAAGGGCACAAGAUGGGAGAACAGGAUGGAUGCAAUGACGAGCUACGCAAAAUAACGACGCACGACAAGGACUUGUCAAAGGAAUCUGCAUUUUGGAGGUGGAUCCCUUCGCCAGUCGAAAUCCUGGCCGCCCUGGUUUUGUACAGAACACGACAGAGACUCAAGAUGGAGUGCUGUCUAUGUUUGGUCGGGGAUGAUAAUAUACAAAGUCCCUUUCUAUGUUUGGC